AGCUGAGUCUCGGGGUUUUUUUUUACUCUCUGCCUCUCUGCACAGCUAAACCAGAACAGAUUCCCUUUGCUUGCAAAGACUUCCAGUCAGGAGACCCAGGAAUAGAGGGGCGAGGGACAGAGGCAGAAGGGGGAGAAAGUGUGAGGGAGAGACUGAAAUAAAUAAAGAAAGAAAGAAAGAAAGAGAAAGAGAGAGAGAGAGAGAGAGGGAGGGAAGAAAAGGCAUCCAAGUAUCUCACCGCAGAUAGAGAUCUGCAGGCAGUUGCCAAGCUACACAUAAGUAAAUGCUCGCAAAUUCAUGAAGUAUUUCUUUGUGUUUCAACUAUCUUCAGACUGAAUAUAACAACUUGAGGAACUGAGGACAAAGAGCCAAACGAAAGAACUAAGCAUUUAUUCUUUUCUUAUCAAAAAAAAAAUAAAUCUCGAGGGUGAAGAUAAAGAAUACGAGAGAAGUAAUCCGACUUUACUUUUUAAAUUGACUUUUCUCGCUGGUGUUUGAAGGGGAUUCACUCCAGGGGAGCCUUGGCCGUUAGUAAUGGUGACUAGAAGACUCCUGGGGCAUGUCCUUCUCUCCAUUUGUUUGACACUCACAACUGGAGCCCCUUCCAGCGAGCUGACUGAGGAGGAUACAUCGACUCAGGGCAAAUGCACCCGGUGCUGCGAUCCGCAUGAAUACCCCACGCAUCCAACUGUAGCACCCAACCCGGCAUCAGGUCCACAGCAAGACGGUUACUACCCACCAUAUCCCAUGGCACACAUCCAUCCGCAUAUCAACAUCACCAUUCUCAAAGGGGACAAAGGUGAAAGGGGCGAACGAGGGCCUCAUGGAAAACUUGGCAAGGAAGGCCCAAUAGGAUUACAAGGCCCAACGGGAUCUAAAGGAGACCGGGGGCAAGCUGGCAUCCCCGGGGACUCCUACAAGCAGCACUAUUCAGCCUUCUCGGUGGGCCGCAAGAAAGGACUGCACAGCAGUGACUACUACCAAACCUUGGUCUUUGACACGACCUUUGUGAACCUCUACGGUCACUUCAACAUGUUCAAGGGCAAGUUCUACUGCUACAUCCCAGGAAUUUACUACUUCAACCUCAACAUCCACACGUGGAACUUUAAGGAGACCUAUCUUCACAUCAUGAAGAAUGACCAAGACAUGGUCAUUUGCUACGCACAACCCAGCGAUCGCAGCAUUAUGCAAAGCCAAAGCAUUAUGCUGGAGCUGCAAGAGAACGAUGAAGUUUGGGUCCGACUUUACAAACGCGAGCGGGAGAACGCCGUCUAUAGUGAUGAUGUUGACACUUAUGUCACAUUCAAUGGCUAUUUGAUAAAACCCAACAUGGACUGAGCCACCUCUUAAUUUCUUUUACUCUUUCUCUCUCUCUCUCGCUCUCCCUCUCUGUGGGGAAACAUUGUCCGUCAGGGGAAGACCAUUAAGUUAUAAAUGGAACCAUUUCCUCAGCUUCCUGAAAAAAAGUCUUCAUUUACUUACCUGGAAUCUCCCAUGUUGUGUUUUUUUAAAAAGAAAAGCCACAUUGGUAUCAAAAAAUAUAUAUACUUCUUUAAAGCAAAGAUAAAAAGACCAAAAAUAAAGUGUAAAUUUAGGUCCUGCAGCUCUCUUCUAUAUAACAGAUAAAGCACAAAAGUCCAUUGUGUUAACACUUAAUGUCUCCCAUGGCAACACGGACUUGGAACCAAGAUCAAGAGUAGUUUUCAAUGAAACAGGGUUAAUUGAAGGACCAGGGUGUGCAGGCAUAAUCCAGUCCCCCUUUUAAAAUCACAGUUCUACUAUUUUUCCAUUAAAUAAAGAAGACCCUGCAUUUAUAUAGCACCUCUCACGACCUCAGGAAGUGCCAAAAUGCUUUACAGCCAGUGAAAAAAAUUUUGCGGACAUUAUUACAAUGUAGGAACCAUGGUGGUCGAUUUGCAUAGCAAGCUCCCACAAACAACAUGAUAAUGGCCAGAUAAUAUCCUUUUAGGUGUUGGUUGAGGGAUAAACAUCAGCCUAAGCACAGGGCAGAACUCUUCCAAAUACUGCUUUGGGAUCUUUCACAUUCACCCUAGAGGGUAAGGUCUUUUCUGAAUAAAAAGCACCUUAGAUGAUACAGCACUCCUUCAGUACUGCCCAAAUUCGGAUGAGUGUAUUCAAAUUGGAUGGUGCUAAAGGGAUAAUGUCAUAUGUUGCACGUCGUGUUAUAUAUCAACUUGUUUAUAAGCACUUCUGUGCUCUUGACACCUAGCACUACCAUGAUGUGUUGGUUUUGUGUGCUUUAUAUAUCGCAGAACAAUGCAGAGGUGACACUAGUUUCUUGGGAUGGGAUGUGGGCAUCACUGGCAAGGUCAGCAUUUGUUGCCCAUCCCUAAUUGCCCUUGAACUGAGUGGCUUGCUAAGGCCAUUUCAGA